AUGUUUAAGAAAAAGGAGAGCUCCAAGGACACUAAGAAUGGUACACUCAAGGUCUCGGGGAAGAUCAGCAAGUCACAGGCCACCGACUUGGCCUUGCUGAUCGCCCAGAUGCAAAAAGAUGCAGACUUGGUGGAGAAAGACGUCCUCAGGGCCGAGGAGCUGCUGGCUGUGGAUUUUGAAAAUGACAAGAAAGAGCUGCCGUACCAGCAUCAGAAGGAGAUCUCAGAUAAGCUGGGUGAAGCUGAGGGCCUGCUGGAGAAGCUCUUCAUAGAUGUCGACAAAGCCAAGAAGCUAAAACAUCCACAAGCCACAGACAUAGAGAGCGAUGUCCAUCAUCUUCAUGAGCGCUGGCUGAAGGACUGCACCGUCUACAGAGACAUCUACGAGCAGAUUGAUGAUGUGUCGCGGAUGCCCUUAAUUGACUGGGGGCCUGUUUUAAGUGAGAAGCAAAAACUGGUGGAUGUGGAGCAGUUCGGCCCUAGUAUGGCUGAUCUGGAGAAGCAGAUUGCUGCUCACAACAUCGUACACAAAGAGAUUGAAGCCUACAACACACAGCUCUGCCUCGCUUCUGCUGGCAGCAAGGAGAAAUACGACGCUCUGAAAAAACAGUACAACAACUUAUUGGACAACUCCAAGUGGCGCCGCCACUACCUCAGUAGCCUGUACGAGUACAUGCAGGGCUGCAACAAGGAGCUGACCUUCCUGGCAGAAGAGCAGAAUAAGAUCAAGAAGCAAGACUGGAGUGACCACAUGGUGGACCCGUCUGAUGUUCGGAGGCAGUAUGAGAAUUUCAAGAACAACAGUCUGCUGUCGCAUGAGGCCGAGGUGAACAAACUCCAGGAUGAAGGCGAGAGACUUGUUGAAAUGAAGCACCCCGCAAGCGACACAAUACAGGCUCAAAGAGAUGAUGUACGAAAUGACUGGCAGAAAUUCCUCAAUCUCUGCAUCUGUCAAGAGACGCACCUGGACAGCGUGGAGGACUUCAAAAGGUACCAAUAUGACAGCGAGCAGCUGUCAGAGUCACUGACCAAGCUCAACGGCACCCUGGACCCCAAGACUCUCAGCAAGAAGAGCAACACUGAGAAACUGCUGCAGCUCGAGGCGGAGGAGAAAGAUGUGCAGAAAUGUGAACAGCUGCUGGCAAACCUGAGGAAACGCAGCACCACCAUCGCUCCGCUGAAACUGCGACGUACGACCCCCAGCAGAGCCGUCACUGUGGAGUCCCUGUGCGACUGGGAAACAGGCACGGAUUCUCUGCAAAGAGGAGACAAGUUCACCUUAAAAUCAAACUCAGACAUUGAGAACUGGAAUGUCAUUUCCACUGAUGGAAAAACUAAAAAAUUCCCAGGAGUUUGCUUCCAGAUCCCACCACCUGACUCAGAGGCCAUUGAUAAAGUGGACCUUUUGGGCCAGGAGCUUGCAGACAUCAAGAAGAGAAGAGCCGCUCUGGCCGACUCCCUGAAGAACAACAAAUCAGAAAUCUCCAGGGCCCAGCAGUUAGCCCCAGUGUCUGCUGCCCCCAUGGACCCCAAAGUAACAGCCCUCUCUCAGCAGCUGGACAAGCUGGACAAUGACCUGGCCAAAGCUGAGGAGAGCAUGCUGAGCCGUCUGCGAGCCCCGCUGAGCCGCAGUGAUCCCGCUGGUGAUCUGGCCAAAAGGAUGAAGGAGCAGGAGCAAACUGCUGAGACACUUCAGGCUCUACAGCAGCAGCAACAGGCUGCACAGGCUGGCAUGCAGCCCCUGCUGUCUAAAGAUCCCAACGGUACCUCUUCGGGGUUGCCGCUCAAACUCAGUGCUGCCAGCAACAAGUCUGACAACCUUGCUGCACUUGCUGAUCUUUACAAUAAGAAAGCAAAUGCCUCACUUAACCUGGAGAAACAGAUCAAGAAGGUGGAUGGUCUCGUCUCCGGCUUUGAGAAAAGGCUGAGUGAAGAUGGUCCGAUCCCUGACGGCCCAAAAGCAAUUCAAACCCGUGCUGAGGAAGUUCAUAGCCAGCAAAAGUCUGUGGCAGCUGCUCAGAACGACAUGAAGAAGCUCAGCAAGGAUCUGGAGACCACAGAGCAGCUGUGCAGCUCUCUGCAGCAGGGCUACCAGGAGUACUGCCCGGACAUCCAGCGCCAGAAAACAGAAGUCAAGCAGCUACAAGCACGUUACACCAACGUUGCCAACCAGCUGAAGGAGAGAGAAAGCACCUUACUCGAAACUGCAGGAAAGAACCAGGAGUUCCAGAGCACAUGUAAAUCCCUGAACUCAUUCUUGGACAACCUGCCAACAAACAAGAUAAGCCCCAAUGACGAUCUGUCUCAGAUUGCUGCUAAGAAGAGCUCUCAAGAGAGGGUGAUGGACGACCUGAAGCGGAAGGAAGCUGACAUGGAAAAGGUGACGAGCCUCUCUCAAGACCUGCAGGAUCUCCUCAGUGAGUACGAGACCAACGUUGACAAGUACAACAGUACGCUUGAGGACGCCGGCGCCACCGUUCCGAAGAAACCACGUACGCCCACACUGUCUGAGGCUAUUCAGAAAGAGGAAAAGAGUCUGGUGAACCGCUACGCUGAAACAAAAGCCGAAAACGCCCAGAGCCAAAAACAGAUGGGCUUGGCUAAGAAUCUCAUAUCACGAAAUGAAGAGACAGUUCAAGCAGUGGCACAGCAGCAAGUGCGGUCUGAAAGGAGUGCUUUUGAGUUAGAUGGUCUGGUAAAAGAGCUGGAGGAGGAGAAGGAGAGGAGGACUCAUGUUGAGACAAACCUGAGAACUUUCAAAGACAGGUUUUUGUCUUUGAAGAGUCGCCGUGGAGUUGAACGUGUCGAGGAGAAAGAAGUACUAAAGUACUACCGUGACCCAAAAGUGGAAAGUGAUCUGAGGGAUCUGCAGCAGAGGCUACAUGAGGAAAUCUUGAAGCGCACCACCAUACAAACUGAGGUUGAGGUUACAAACAAAAAAGUCACCACCCUGGCAGAAACCGUAAAGAGCGCUCCACCAAAACUGGUGACUAGAGAGGUGACAGAGUUUGAGAAAGAUCCCCAGCUGGAUACAGAGGCUGCUAAGCUGAGAGAUCAAAUAGCAAAGAUGAGAGAAGAAAUUCGGAUGAGGGAUGGGGAGCAUAUUCAGAUGAAGACAGAAGUAACAAUUCUCCAGCAGAAGAGGCCAACAAUCAAAGAGAGGGUGGUUAAGAAGGAAGUGGUUAAAGUGGAGAAAGACCCAGAGAUGCUGAGAGCAGUGCGAACAUUUGAGACAGAAAUUUCUGACGAGAGCAAAAGGACCAAGCUCCUCCAUGAUGAAAUCUUCCAAACAAGGAGUCAGAUAAAUGCACUAGAGAGGCUGAUUCCUAACAUUGAGCCUAAGAUAAUCACUAAAGAAGUCAAAAAGAUUGAACAAGACAAAGACCUAAUCAACGAAUCCCAGAAUAUUCGAACAAGCCUGGAGGAAGAGAGAAUUGAAAACAACUCUCUGGUCAAUGAACUGACGGUGCUCCACAACCGUUACAGAGAAGUUCACGAAUGGAAACCCAGAGUUGAGGUGAAGGAAAUUGUUAACGAGAUCUACAGGAUAGACCCAAACACAGAGGUGGAGAUAAUGCGGCUCCGCAAAGAGAUACAAGACUGCAGCAAGCAGCGCUCUGACCUUGAAAGAGGGCUCACCAAGGUGACAACUGAACUCAACAUCAUUCGGUCAGAGAAGCCAAGAAUUGAAACAAAAGAAGUUUUCCAAGAGGUGGUUAAAGAGGAAAGAAGCCCCGAAAAUGAGAGAGAAAUUCAGAGGCUAAAUGACCAGGUGCAUAAUUUACACAGCAAUUACGACUCCUUCCAAGACCAGCUGAGAAUGCUCCGGAAAGAGAGAGAUGAGUGGAAGGCUGAAAAGUCAAAGGUAGAGACCCAACUUGUCACCAGAGAAGUUAUUAAGUAUGAGCCCGAUCCACUCCAAGAGAAAGAGUUUGACCGCUUGAGAAAUAAUGUGCGGGAAGAGGCACAGAUUCGGCGCACCAUUGAAGAGAUGGUGUUUGACCUGAAAAAUAAAUACAUCCAGUUGGAGAGACAGAAACCAGAAGAGAAGGUGGUUGUCCAAGAGGUUGUUCGUUUGCAGAAAGACCCAAGGCAAAUGGUCGAGCACGAAAGGCUUAGCAGGAACCUGGAUGAAGAAGUAACAAACCGGCGUCAGUUAGAACUGGAGCUACAACAGUUAAGAACAAAGGUGGAAGAGAAAGAGAGGAUCCUCAGAGAGAGUGUUGAACGCCAAAAGAGGAUUCAAGCGGAGUCUGAUGUCAGAGAGAUUAAACUGCGUAUCUCACAGCUGGAAAAUGCCCCACCACCUGUUGAGGAAAACAUAGUUGUCGAGGAGGUGCUCAAGGUGGAGAGAGACCCGAAACUGGAGAGGCUGACAAGCAGUCUGCGGUCAGACAUGGACAAGGAAACCAGUGAUAUUCUGAGGCUGCAGAGAGAAGUCCGUAACAUCAACAUAAAGCUUGAAAUCUUGCAGAAAGAGAAGUCCAGUGAGAGGACAGUCUACAAAGAGGUUGUCCGUGUUGAAAAAGACCAGGCAGUUGAGGCUGAGAGGGAUCGCCUGAGAGAACAGGUGUCUCAGAGUAAAUUUGCCAGACAAGACCUCGAGGAUGAACUUAGACGUCUCAAUGACAAAAUCCAAUUCCUAAUGAACAGCAAAUCUGUUACUUCAAGAGAGGAGACAACCCUGAUUAUGAACCGAGAUGCCUUACAGAGAGAGAAGGAAGACCUCACUCGUGAACUUAGAACCCUUGAUGGCAAGAGGCAUGAUAUCAGCCUGUCCUUCCAGCAGCAGAGCCGACUGAUGAGUGAAAGAACGCAGAUGAGCAGACAGAGAAGCAUUAAGAUGGAGUCUGAUGUCAUGCGUUUGGAGAGGGACAUCUUGGACGAAAAAGACAAGAUCCAUCAGCGAGACAGCAUAAUCCGUGAGCUUAUACAGAACCUGCAGAGAGAGGAGAGUGCAGAAACAAGAACCAAAGAGACCAAUGUCUCUACAAAGAUCACGAUUUUGGACCCAGUUACCGGCAAAGACAUGUCUCCAUAUGAUGCCUACCUUCAGGGCUUGAUCGAUCGUCAGCAGUACAUUCACCUGCAGGAGCUCGAGUGUGACUGGGAGGAGAUCACCUCAUUGGGACCUGAUGGGGAAAUAUCUGUACUCCAGGAUCGCAAGAGUGGAAAGCAGUACUCCAUCAAAGAUGCACUGAAGGAAGGAAGGUUGACAGAAUAUGAUCUUCAAAAGUACAAACAAGGAAAAAUUCCCAUCUCAGAGUUUGCCCUGCUAGUCGCUGGUGACAACAAGAAGCAGUCCCAGUUCAAUUCAAUCACCCCGAAAUCCACCACAUCACUGAAUUCAGCACCGUUUAACCUAUCUUCUGCCAAGGAAACCUACCCAAUUGCUGGAAUAAUAGAUACAGACACUGACACCUGCUAUACAAUACGCAAUGCCACUGUGCGUAAGCUAAUUGAUUCCACAACUGCCCAAAGACUUCUGGAGGCUCAGGCAUCAACAGGAGGCAUCAUUGACAUCAGCAAUAAAGGGAGAUACACAGUUCACAAGGCAGCAAACAGAGCCCUCAUCGAGGAUAGUCAAAUCCAAAGACUGCUCAAUGCACAGAAGGCUUUCACUGGAGUCGAAGACCCUGUGACCAAAGAGUGUUUGUCUGUGGGAGAGGCUGUUCAGAAAGGCUGGAUGCCAAAGGACACUGCCAUUCGCUUCAUGGAGGCUCAGCACCUGACCGGAGGGCUAGUCAAUCCAGACAGUGGUCACAGAGUUAGUAUCUUGGAUGCUGUUGGGUCCAGAAUGAUCGACAACACAAUAAUGAGAGACCUGCAAACUGAGUCUGCCUACGUCAAGGAUAUUAUAGACCCAAUCACAAAGGAGAAAAUCAACUACAAGCAAGCUCUGGAUCGCUGCAGGAAAGACCCAAAUACAGGCUUACCAAUGCUGCCUGCCUCCUCCAAAGAGUCUGGUUAUAGUCCAGUGUACAAUUCAAACAGAUAUGCAAGAUUUUAG